AUGGAAUCAUCUAAGGAUGUUCAGAUGGUUUCUAGUGUGUUCCUGGGAAGUGCAGAUAUUGCUAGUGGGAUGAUAACUACAGUUAAACUUGAUGGAACCAAUUUUUUUGAGUGGUCUCAAUCUACUAAAUUUACCAUUACUAGGAGAGGUAAAUUGGGAUUCAUCACAAGAAAGGAGGUAAAGCCAAAUCUUGAAGACCCAAAAAUUGCAAAGUGGGAACAGGAUAAUUCCCUUGCGACGUCAUGGUUGAUUUGCUCAAUGCAACCUCAUAUUGCCCGAAACUACAUGUUUCUUCCAACGGCCAAGGAUAUUUGGGAUAGAGUUGUUGCCACUUAUUCCCAAGUUAAUAAUACAGCUAGAGUGUACCAGCUUCAGAGGGAAGCUUGUAAAAUAGAUCACUUGAAAGCACUCGUAUGGAAGAACCCUGAAGAUGGUGAGCAAUAUCGGAAGUAUAUAGAAGAUAAUAGAGUCUUUGAUUUCUUGGCUCGCUUAAAUCCAGAGUUUGAUUUUACCAGGCAACACAUUCUUAGUGUUGGCGUUGUCUCUCUGGCUUCCGCUUACUCCCUUGUACAAGGGGAAGAAAGUCGAAGGACCACUAUGAUGCAACCUCCUAUGAUUGAUCACUCUGCUUUUAUGUCAUCUCAACCCAAGCAAAAAACUAGCAAGCACCCUAUUACUGAGAAGGCUGAGGAUGUUAUUUAUGAUUAUUGCAAAAACCAAGACACACUAAGGAAAGGUGUUGGAAGCUAA